AUGAGUGGAACUAUGCCUUCACCAAAGUCAUCAUUAGCGAAACUAGUACUUUAUCCUAAGCAGAAACCUUUCAGAGUUAUGGUGCUAGGACAAUCAGGAGUUGGCAAAUCAGCACUAGUCGUAAGAUUUAUCACAAGACGAUUUAUUGGGGAAUAUGAUCCGAGUUUAGAAAAAAUAUAUUCAUAUCAAACAAUAAUAGAUAAUGAAACUAUUUACUUUGAAAUUCUGGAUUCGGCGGGUGAUUCUCACGAAAGCGAAUACGCAAACUUAGAAAGUAAUAUUAGAUGGGCGGAAGCAUUCAUUUUGAUGUAUUCCGUAACGGACAAGUGCUCGUUUGACGAGUGCCACCGCUUGAAAUUUCUCAUCAAUUAUAACAAGAGACGGCGCAGACUUACCGCUAGUAUGAAGGAUAGUAUAUUGGAGACACCUGUUGUACUCGUGGGCAACAAAAUGGAUCAAGUUGGGGACCGUAUGGUGAGCACCGACGAGGGACAACGAAGAAGUAAGGAAAUCGGAUGUGUUUGCUUUCACGAGAUUUCUGUUAGAGAGAGCAUUGAUCAAGUAUGGAAUGUAUUUCGAGAUGCACGUCGCUUUUGGCGAGUAGGAAGCAAAUGGUCGCGCGGGCGCGGGGAGCCGGACGUACAUACAGUGGCUCUAGGUCGCCCGCUCGCGCGUGCGAUCUCGGACACCUCAUCGGAAACUGUUGACAAUAUCAGUCCUCCCUAUUGUCGGCGAUUCACUGAAGUAGAACUAGAUGAACGAGACAAGAUAGGCAUUGUACGAAGCGAUUCCACAUCUUCAUCGGGCCAGUCCGAAUGUAUGGACGAGUUCCGUGCUCGAGCCAGUACGGACUCCCGCCUCCCGCCGCGGCCUGAACGUCCAAGAUAUCCUCCUUCCACCUGUCCAAUUCCAAAUGCACUUAGGAGAAUGAGUGUUUCUAUGAGAGGAAAUAACGAAAGCACUUAU